ACAGUGAGCCCUCAGCUAGAACUUUCUCGGUAGUCUUCAGAGAGACCUUGGUGCUUCGAGAAACCCAUCCCCGUUUACAGUACGUCAUCAAACGGACCCUUUAAAGCGUCUGUAGCGGCUGUAAUGGCACAAUAUUCAGGAGCGAAGCAAUAUCAGAGUAUGAAAACACUGUCUCCAGUCGAAACGAUGGCAACUAACGAUCCUCUACCACCUGGGUGGGAGAUCAAAAUUGACCCGCAGACAGGUUGGCCGUUUUUUGUGGAUCACAACAAUCGCACAACGACGUGGAACGAUCCGAGGCAUGACACGAAAAAGAUAUUUUCAAAUGGCCCAUCUAUGUCCCCUGAGUCUCCUCAGGACAUGCACAAAUCCUUUAUUCAAGAGAUGAGGCAACCAAUGCUACGCCAGGGCUACAUCCCCAUCCCGGUCUCCCAUGAAAACACUGAACCCAGGCUGCAGCAGUAUCCGAGUUUCUCCUACAUCCAUCCAGUAGUGCAGCAAAAUUUGAGAUCAGAUGGACGUACGCCUUCCCCAACCCCAACAGCACACUGUCGGCCUAGAUCUCCAGUGCAGGCCCCAUCAGAGGCAUGUUUGUCUUGCUCACCUGCUUCACACGGGUCUGAGGUUCACCAACCACAGGGCACACACCAACAAAUGAGUGGCCUUCAUCAACAGCCCCGACCCAGCAAUACAGGUCUCCGGGCGGGCUACAUCCCCAUUCCGGUGAUCCACGAGGGUGUAGGGGGGGUCUCACAAUCCCAGCCGAGCCAAAGUUCUCAUCCCACACGAGAAAAAAUCCCAAUCUACCGUGAACAAGUGCCCAUUCAGAUUCAACAAAAUCGAGCUGCCAGUCCCAUCCUGGUUCCCUUAAGGGCCCAGUCACCAGUCAUGUCUCAGAUCAUGGGAGAGAGACCUCAGGUCCAGCAACACAUUGGACAUGCAGCAAUAUCACCUAAAGCUGAACAACCAGUUGAAGAAAUUGUCAGAUCGCCUACAUUUGAGAUUCCCAUUCAAAGAGUGUGUGAUAUUCCGCAGCAAAUACAUCAUCAGCCAGUACAACCACAACCACAACAACAACAACAACAACAACCUACACAAGCACCUCCACCACCUAAAGCACAACAACCCGUACCGCAAUCACCGCAGGUAUCAGAGACAUCCAAUAUUACCAUACAGUUUCCUCCAGCACCAGAACCCGAGGAAACCGCUGCCCCUCCAACACCUCAAGAGAUCCUGCCCCCACAAGUCCAGCCUGAGGAGACCCCAGAACCAGAUCUGAGCCACCCAGGACUGAUCAAAGUGCAGCAGAUAUUGGAACGUGUGGAGAAACUGGCACAAGAUGUGAAACAUUUCGAUGGGAAGAAGAAUGACAAAAGAUACUUGAUGCUGGAGGAGAUGUUGACCAAAGAACUUCUGGCUCUAGACUCGGUAGACCCUGAAGGUCGCCCGGAUGUGCGUCAGGCUCGGAGGGAUGGCGUCCGCAGAGUUCAAACCAUUCUAGAUGAACUGGAGAUGUUUGGAGAGCCGACGGAAGGCCUGGCCGGCGACACGUACCCUGAGGCGAAAGGAGAGCCGAGUAUGCUUGACUACGCAAACACAGAGAAGGUCAAGGAGAUUUCAUAAAAGGCACAAAUUUGAGAAGGACACUAAUCAAAUCUCCAUUCUUGUUUUUACUUGCGCAAUUAUUAUUAGUUGCAUGCACGAAUAAUUGAAGUUUUUUGUUGGAAAUGAUCUAACGUGAUUUGUUUACUGAGUGCAAUCAUGUGUGCUGUUACGUGAUGCUGCUGUUGUCGAAUCUCACCAUGCCAGUGUCUUGUAGCAAAAGACAUAGUGGUGACAAGUUAUAUUCAAAAACACAUGAAAACGAGGCCUUGAACCAGAAGAAAGUAUUUUAACGUUCAAAAAGUAUCUUUUGUACCAUGUUGAGUGAAUGAAUGAUAAAAUGUUUUUGAAUAUUCCUUAAGAAGUUGUUAAUGAAGUAGUGGGCUGUCAUAGUGAAAACGUUUAUUUGGUUUUUAAAGAUUUUCAUGUGUGGGCUAUGAAAAAAAUAUAAAGGCAUUCUGAUUUUAACUUAUGGGAAGGUUUUCAUUUAUAAAUUCAUGCCUUUAAAUAUAACCGUUUAAACAUCAGGUUGAAAGCGAGCUUUGCUGACAGAAUUCCCUAUGAUGGUUUGAAUGCUUGUCAGUAUUAUUAUUUGUUGAAUGACAGUGAUACAAAUGAUGAUAUAUUUUUAUUCUAUUUUUCUGUGCCAAAAUGAACAUUUCCAGUAUUAGGAAUGUUCAAAUGUUGAAUCUAAAAAUAUAAAAUUCUCAUAUAUGGUCGCCUUAUGAUUGAGGGCCGGGCUUGUUAAAGCAGCCAGGGUUAGUCCAAAGUUAUGCUGAUCUGUUAACUCGAAAGGUACUGAAACGAUCCCAUUUUAUCAAUCUUGUGCCCUUGAGGAAGGCAACUUGAACACUUGCUUUAAGGGACUAAAAAUUAGUGUACCAAAAAUUACUUUGUAUAAUGUAUCAGCUCAAUUCAGUUAAAACAAAGUGCUGUAUGUCUCACAUGACUGUUGUGAGACCUUUUUUAUCUCAGUGACCUGUUACUGACUCUGGUAUAGUACUAAUACUGCAAACGAAAUUGGUUUCAAAGUCUGUUUUGUGAAAUAGUAUGCAAUGUUCAGUGUUCACCGCUUGGUUAUUUGCAGUUUGUUAAAAUGUCGACAUGAUUUGGUGACAUAAGCAUGACUGCAAAUACAAUAUAAUAAAGCACUUUGCUUACAUGAA